AUGGAUUCCUACGAUGGUUUCACGUCCCCCGGCAGAAGCCGCGAGGGUGACUCCUUUCCGGGACGUACCCCUGGGGACUCCUACAGACGUCGUUCUCCCGCAUCCCAGGAUCGUCGACGCCCCCGUCAGCGCUCCCGCUCUCCUGUGAUUGACCGCUAUGAGCCCUCUGAACGCCGUUCUCACCGCGAGGACUUCUACAAUGGCUCCCGUGAAAAUGCUGCCCGCGAGCGCGAAGAUCGCCGACGCCCUCCUUCCCCAAUGGCCGCAAACAUUGACCGUUAUGUUCCUGGACAAGAUGGCGGCAAGCGCCCCCUUCCGACGAACCCGAUGCCCAACCCUCUUAGCUUGGAUUUUCAAGUGGGAUUCAACUGGUUUGCUGAAUGGUGGAGAGCCGAGCAAAACGUGAACGAUGAACGAGAGCGUGUCCACAAUGGUGGACGUCGAGUUCGAGGAGAGCGCGAAGCACGCGAGGAUCGCGAGAAGGAACGUGCACAAAUCCAGGAGGCUUAUGAUGCAUACAAGGUUGAUCUGCAGGUCCGAUUGGCCAGGUUGUUUGUUCAGCAGCACCGCAACGAGGAAUGGUUCAAAGAGCGCUAUGUUCCUGAGAUACGUGAUGCCCUUCGUGCUCGCCUCUUCCCUCUCCGCCGGACUGCAUAUGAGCAAUGGGAGCAGGAUCUGGAGAACGAUGUUUUCCUAGACUUCACACUUGAGGGUCUUUACAAGAGUGACAGCGACGGCGCCGGGGGUGUGGCUGAGAAAGAGGAAGGCGAGACUACUGCUCCCACGGAGAACAUGGGCGUUCUGGAUCUGCUUCCAGUCCGUGGUGGAGAGCUUCGUGACGAAGCUCUCUCUCAGCCUGCCCUUCUUAUCAAGACACUUGCACCGAACGUUAGUCGUACUAAGAUCGAAGAGUUCUGCAAGGAGCACCUCGGGGAAGAGGAUGGAGGCUUUAAGGGUCUCAGCCUGAGCGAUCCAAACCCCUCCAAGAAAUUCCAUCGUAUGGGAUGGAUCAUGUUACACCCUUCUGCAAACACAACAGUUGUGGAGCGAGGAGAUGGACGUGAUGAGGAGCGCGAGGAUAUGGAUCAGGAUGUAGGCGCCAACGGAGCCACUGGCACAGUUGCCGAGAGAGCUCUCGAGGCCGUCAAUGACAAGACGAUUCACGAUGCUGUUCACGGCGACUUCGUCUGCCAUGUUGGUAUCCAUGUUCCCGCGGUGCAACCCCGCAAGAAAGCUCUGUGGGAUUUGUUCUCCGCACCCGAGCGAGUUGACCGUGACCUUGAAUUGGCCAAACGUUUGGUUUCCAAGUUGGACACUGAAAUGGGCAACGCAGAUGGGCUCAACAAGGUUGAAGAAUAUGUCGAGAACCUGCGUGGCAAGGGUGAGCUCCAGGCUCCUGCCACUGGACCAGUUAGCGUGAAGCACUCGGACCCAGAAGAGGUCGAAGAAGGCGAGGAGAAGGAACCCCCUGUGGAGGAAGAGGUUGACGACGAGGACUUGACAGCAAAGAAAAAGACCUUGGACUUGCUUGUCGAGUACCUCCGCCGCGUCUACAACUUCUGCUUCUUCUGUGUUUUCGAAAGUGAUUCGGUUCACGAGCUUGGCCGCAAGUGCCCUGGAGGACAUCUUCGUCGCCCACGUACUGGUCUUUCUAGCCAGGCUAGAGAAGUUGCCCGAGCAAGCGCUCUUGGCCUGCCAUUCCCUGUCAAGAAGAAGGAACCCAGCGAGGAAGGCGAAGACCCUUCUUCUCCGAUCCUGGAUAAGCGAUCUCAGCGACACGGUUCCAAGUCGGAACAACAGUUGCAACGUGCCUUCAACUGGGUCAAGACUUUUGAGGACAAGUUGUUGCAGAUCUUGGAACCCGAGAACGCUGAUCUGGCCAAGCUGGGUGGCAAACCCGUGGAAGAUGCUCUUGAGGAUGAACUUCUGAAGUACAUGAAGCAGGAGGAUGACUCGAAGUUCCGCUGCAAGGCACCUGAAUGCACCAAGCUUUUCAAAGCUCAAGAGUUCUGGCGCAAACACAUUGAGAAGCGUCACGCCGAAUGGUUCGAAGGCCUCAAGAACGAUCUCGCCCUUGUAAACUCUUACGUCCUUGACCCCUCACGCAUCGCCCCAUCUCGGUCGGAUGCCAACAGCAACGGUCACUUCCCCCUUCCAGGCCACAGCCAAGCCGGCACACCUCGUGGCUUCAGCCUUUCCGGCAUGCCAUUCAUGCCCAACAACAUGGCCAACUUCCCCGCAGGCGGAAUGCCCGUGAUGACUGGUUGGAACGGCAAUGCAAUGGGCCACGACGGUCACGGUCUGCAUCAGCCCGGCGUUAUGCGCCGUGGCCAAAACCGCCACAACCGCCCCGGUCCUUACGACCGUCGCCGAUUCAACGGCAACGGCAGAUUGAGCCCUCCUCGCGGCAUGCCCGGCAUGUACGGUGGUCGCCCGGCAGUUCCAGCUGGCCAUCCGGCCGCCAACAUGGUCCCACCGAACCCGUUCCCAGACUCCAUGGGCUCGAACGGCGGAACCAUGCCACCCCGUGAAGCCGUUCAAGGCCGCAGCUUGAAGAGCUACGAGGACCUUGAUGCCGUCGAUGCCUCCGGCAGCGGCGAGUUGAACUAUUAG